GCAAUGCAUUGCUGAAGCUGUACAGGCACAAGUACGUGCAGAUAGUUUUGCUUCUAUUAAUUAUUCGGAACAUGGCAUCAAGUAUGAAGUUGGCGCUUUAAAGUCAAGGAGUGCAUAUUGUGUUGCGGCAACGUGUCUGCCAAUACUG